GCAAACUUCUCAGUGGCUAUGUUCUCAUCGGGGCUUAUUGUGUCUGUUCGUUCAAAAAAGUAAUAAGUGACCAGAAGAACUUGAAGACAUGACGAAAGCACCAAAAAAGCUUCCUGGGAGGGCUCUCAGCAUACAAGAUGACUUGCUCACCGUUCAAGCCCAAUAUUUCCGCAAAUUGGAUGAGAAGAAGUUGAGCAAUAGUGAACGAUUUCUCAAAUUCAUAUGGGACCCGAAGACGAAAACAUGUUUUGGGAGGACCGCAACAAGUUGGUCCAAAAUUGGAUUGUUCUACCUCAUAUUCUAUGGAAUGCUAGCGGCACUAGUGGCGAUCUGCAUGUGUGUCUUUUUCCAGACACUAGACCCACGCAUUCCCAAGUGGCAGUUAGACAGAUCCCUGAUAGGAACUAACCCCGGCUUGGGAUUCAGGCCAAUGCCCACAAAUAAUGAAGAAAGUACGCUGAUCUGGUUCCAAGGAUCGAACGUUACUAGCUACAGUUACUGGGUCAAUAAUAUUCUGGAAUUCUUGGAUAAGUACUAUGUUCCAAGUAAAAUUGCCAAAGGUAACGGUCAGAUCAAGACUUGUUCUCAUUCCGACUACCCUGCGAUGGGUGAAGUUUGUGAAGUAGACGUACGAGACUGGGGAGAUUGUAACAGAGACCAGUUCUUCAACUACCAUAAGAACUCUCCGUGUAUAUUCCUGAAGUUGAACAAAAUUUAUGGAUGGACCCCCGAGUAUUAUGACAAUGCAGACCAACUUCCUGCUGAUAUGCCUGAGAAGCUGAAGAAACACAUUAGGAGCAUCAACAAUACUAAGGAGAUGCAGAAUGUUUGGUUAUCAUGUGAUGGUGAAAAUCCAGCUGAUGUUGAGUAUUUGGGACCGAUAAGUUACUACCCGAAAGGUAUCCAAGGUUUCCCAGGAUAUUAUUUCCCUUAUAUGAACUCUGAAGGAUACUUGAGUCCUUUGGUAGCUGUAAAAUUCGAGAGACCAGUUUCUGGAAUUGUGAUUAACGUGGAAUGCAGAGCAUGGGCAAAGAAUAUCCAUUAUUCAAGAGUGGAAAGAACGGGUUCAGUACAUUUUGAAUUACUGAUUGACUAGUUUUCCAGAAGGCAUAUGAGAAGAUCAUUCUCAAUCAUAAACCAGACAACAGUGAGGGACCAAGCGGAGUUUCAUAUGAAUUGAUAUUUUCUAGGCGUUUAUAUCCAACAUUUUUGCAUACCUUCAUAAAUUGCUUUCAUAAAUAAGCUGAUAUGCUUGUACAUAAAUAUUCAAGUAUUCAAAAAACUGCCGAUAGAAUCAUAAGUAGGAUAUAAAUACAAAAAUACAUAUUUUCUGAUAUCCCUCUACAAUAAAAGAUCUUAGUCACAUGUGUUUUCCAUAUAAAUAUACCUCGAGCAUGUUUUUUGCUUUCGUCAUAAUAAAUGAUAAUAAAAAAUUAGACUGUU